AUGACCGAAAACCCUGGCCAUUUAGUUCACACGUGGGAUUUUACCAUCCGAGGUCUUAUCAAGUUCUUUUACAACGGCUUUUACGGGUACAUUCUCUACGAAAGCACAAUCAUGGUCAUCAAGCCGCUCAUCCUUUUGGAAUGGAUUCACAUCUUCAUAUCAGCAGCGCGCCCUCUUAAGCCUUUCCAGUGGUUGUGUUACAUUCUAGGAACUUUUAACGUCCUCACAUGUUUGUUGGCCAUCUUGAUUGACGCAACAUCUUGCAAGCCGCAAGAGUACUGGCUGAACGGGACCACAAAGGGAGGCCAUUGCGUCAACACAACAGACGUAGCCGUCGUCUUGGCCGCACUCAACCUCAUCACAGACAUGUGCAUUCUUCUACUUCCACAAAGUAUUAUUUGGAGACUGCAGCUGUCAAGAGCCAAACGAGCUGGAGUAUCACUUGUCUUUUCCAUUGGCAUAUUAUCCAUGCUCACAGCCGCUUAUCGAAUAUAUUUGACCUGUCGAUUUACCGCUUCAAGGGACAUUGCAUACAUUUUUUCAGAGGCUGGCGUGUUCGGUCUGUUUGAAAUGACAACUGCUAUACUUGUCCUUACGGCACCGUCUGUGCCAAAACCGAUUCAUCAUUUGGCUGGCAAGGCGGCUAGUUCCCUCAAUAGGCUACUAGGGGCAGAUAUCCUGUCGAGGAUCCAGAACAGUUACAAGUGGUCACAUCGACUCAACAAAAAUGGUGACCCCAUGUCUGCUUCAAAGGUAACGUUGGCGAAGAAUGAAAGAGUCUCGAGUGUUUGA